AUGGCCAGCCUGCGACCAUUCACACGAGUUGCGCCGCAGGCAUCAUGGACAGCGAGCAGCAUCCGUCCCUCCGCCAUCCCAUCUCUAGCCCAAUACAGCACCAUCAACGGAGAACAUGACCGACGCAUUUCCGCGACCACAGCCCACGCUCGCCGACAAUGGCACCACCGCCGCCAACCCCAACUCCUCCCAUCGCCACCCCGCCGUGCCUUCUCCGCCACUCCCUCCCGCCCCAAAGACCACCAAUUCGACACCCUCAAAUUCGUCCAACGCCUCCAAUCCGAAGGCUUCAGCGAAGCCCAAGCCGUCGCCAUGAUGCGCGUCCUCGGCGACGUAAUCGAAGAAUCCAUUCAGAACCUCACUCGCACCAUGGUCCUGCGCGAAGACCAAGAAAAAGCCACCUACACGCAAAAAGUCGACUUUGCCAAACUCCGUUCAGAGCUGCUGUCGGCGGAUAGCACGGAAUCGAGCUUGACUCGCGCAAGUCAUGAGCGGUUGACGAAUGACUUGGAGAAAUUAAGGAGUAGGUUGCGGGACGAGGUGCAGAGGACGCAGGCGAGUGUGCGGUUGGAUUUGAAUUUGGAGAAGGGAAGGAUUCGGGAAGAGGCCAAUAGUCAGGAUUUGAAGAUCCGGGAGACGGAGACGAGGAUUGAGCAAGAGGCGGCCGCAUUGCGGGAGAGGUUGGAGGGGGUCAAGUUCAGUACGUUGCAGUGGAUGAUGGGCGUGUGUACGGGGACGGCGGCUAUUAUUCUUGGUGUGUGGCGGUUGUUGUUCUGA